CCUUCUCAGUCUGAGGAACGUAAACUUGAACCAACUACAGACAUGAGGAAUAUAUACGCUUUUGCUCUGCUGCUUAUUGUAGUUUUUGCAAGCACCUCCAGUGGUGCCAGCGUUUCUGACCUUCUGUGUCGCAACAAAGCCAACGGCAUUCGUGCUCUGGUACCCGGCAGUUGCUCCAGGUUCUAUGAGUGCCAAAAUGGUGUUGCCAAGGAAUACACAUGUCCCAAAUUCUACGACUUCAAGAUCCGCAGCUGUGUAACCUAUAAUCCUGGUUGCGUUGAGGGUGUUGUCGUUGAACACGUGGCCCAGCAAUCCGUCCGUGACACUGCCCAACCAUGUAAUGGAGCGACAACCACCCCACCACCUUGCGUUACCACCACACCGCCUUGUACUAAGACCACAACGCAAACUCCUUGCUCAGGAAUAAUUACAACGACAACACCAUCAUCAACAACAACUUCUACUCCAACAACUACGCCAACCACGACUACAACCACAACCACUACUACAACCACUACAACUACAACAACUUGUACCCCAACAACUUCAACAACCACGACUACCACAACCACCACAACUACAACAACUUGUUCCCCAACAACUACGACAACCACGACUACCACAACCACCACAACCACCACAACCACCACAACCACCACAACCACCACGACUACAACCACAACCACUACAACUACUUGUACCCCAACCACUACGACUACAACCACAACGACUACAACCACAACGACUACAACCACAACGACUACAACCACCACAACUACAACUACUUGUACCCCAACAACUACGACAACCACGACUACCACAACCACCACCACUACUACAACCACCACAACGACUAAAACCACUACAACUACAACAACUUGUACCCCAACAACUACGACAACCACGACUACCACAACAACCACCACGACUACAACCACCACAACGACUACAACUACUACAACGACAACAACUUGUACCCCAACAACCACGACUACCACAACAACAACUACAACAACCACAACCACUACAACUACUUGUACCCCAACCACUACGACUACAACCACAACGACUACAACCACAACGACUACAACCACAACGACUACAACCACUACAACUACAACAACUUGUAGCCCAACAACUACGACAACCACAACGACUACAACCACUACAACGACAACAACCACGACUACCACAACCACAACUACAACAACCACUACAACUACUUGUACCCCAACCACUACGACUACAACCACAACGACUACAACCACAACGACUACAACCACAACGACUACAGCCACCACAACUACAACUACUUGUACCCCAACUACUACGACAACCACGACUACCACAACCACCACCACUACUACAACCACCACAACGACUACUACCACUACAACUACAACAACUUGUACCCCAACAACUACGACAACCACGACUACCACAACCACCACCACGACUACAACCACCACAACGACUACAACCACUACAACAACAACAACUUGUACCCCAACAACCACGACUACCACAACCACCACCACGACUACGACCACAACAACGACUACAACCACUACAACGACAACAACUUGUACCCCAACAACCACGACUACCACAACAACAACUACAACAACCACUACAACUACUUGUACCCCAACCACUACGACUACAACCACAACGACUACAACUACAACAACUUGUAGCCCAACAACUACGACAACUACAACGACUACAACCACAACGACUACAACCACAACGACUACAACUACAACAACUUGUAGCCCAACAACUACGACAACCACAACGACUACAACCACUACUACUACAACAACUUGUACACCAACAACCACAACUACAACAACCACAACCACUACAACAACUUGUACCCCAACAACUACGACAACCACAACGACUACAACCACUACAACGACAACAACUUGUACCACAACAACUACAACAACCACAACCACUACAACAACUUGUACCCCAACAACUACGACAACCACAACGACUACAACCACUACAACGACAACAACUUGUACCACAACAACUACAACAACCACAACCACUACAACAACUUGUAGCCCAACAACUACGACAACCACAACGACUACAACCACUACAACGACAACAACUUGUACCACAACAACUACGACAACCACAACCUGUACGCCAACAACUACGAGCACAACAACUUGUACCACCACAACAACAUGUACCCCAAAAACGAUCUCGACCACUACAUGCCCAGAAACCGCUCCGACAACCACCGCUUGUCCUGACGUGACAACAACUGUUUGCCCCACUGCAUCAAAGGCCGUGGCUGCCACCCAAUCGAAGCGUAAUCCCGUCCGCCGAAACCCCGUCAACCGCCUGCUCUGGGAAGUAGCCGAAUGGGCCGGUCUGUCGUCCUCUAGUUCGGAGGCUCAGCUUAAGGUUUCGUGCUUGGGCAAACCUGACGGAUUCCUGAUGGCAUCUCCCGAACGGUGCAACGACUACUAUAUCUGUCGUCGCCAGCGCGCCCUCAAGGUCAGCUGUGGUGAUAGGUACUUCAACGGACUGAAGGGAAUCUGCGAUCUCCCCGAAAAUACCAGCUGUGUUCAGUCUUAAGUAGAAACUCCGCUGUUGAGACCAACAUCAUUUUGAAAAUGUAACACGAAAUUAUGGAUCGAAACCUUAAUUAAUUAUAAAUAUUAAUUAUAUAAUUAUGCAAAGGCUUAUAAAAGGCAAUUGAAAAAAUUA